CCGGUGUUAAACGGAAGUAGAAAAAGGGGCAAAAUAGCCGUCAUGGCCGAAAAGAGGAUUGUUUGGGGUGGACAUUUGCUCCUUUUAUUAGUUUGUGUGGCUUUUCUUCAUUUAUUUAUCUGUCCGUUUACCAAAGUUGAAGAGAGCUUUAAUCUGCAGGCGACACAUGAUAUUUUAUAUCACAGACUCGACUUUGAUAAAUAUGACCAUCAUGAAUUUCCAGGUGUGGUACCUCGCACUUUCCUCGGCCCACUCUUCCUCUCCGUCAUCAGCAGCCCUUUUGUUUUUGUCUCUUCUCUGUUGGAUGCGCCGAAAUUCUACUCUCAGCUCAUAGUCAGAGCUUCUUUAGGGCUGUGUGUAACCGCUGCUUUGUGGCACAUGCAGAAGGAGGCGAGGAAGCAGUUCGGUUCCACGGUUUCUAGCCUUUUCUGCCUGAUCUGUGCUUCUCAGUUUCACCUGAUGUUCUACAGCACCAGGACUCUCCCGAACGUUUUUGCACUGCCGAUAGUUCUCUUGGCGUUCACAGCGUGGAUGGCGCAGAAACACGGCCAGUUCGUUGGCCUCUCCGCCUUCGUCAUCGUGGUGUUUCGGUCGGAGCUCUGCAUCUUCCUGGGCCUCAUGUUACUGUUGUCCCUGCUGAGCAGGAGACUGGGGCUGCUGCGGCUGCUUUGGUACGCUGCUCCUGCUGGAAUCCUCUCAUUAGCUCUAACGGUUGCUGUCGACACCUUCUUCUGGAGGAAGAUGCUGUGGCCCGAGGGGCAGGUGUUGUGGUACAACACCAUCCUGAACAAAAGCUCCAACUGGGGAACCUCCCCUCUUCUGUGGUACUUCUACUCCGCCGUGCCGCGCGGCCUCGGCUGCACGCUGCUCUUCGUGCCCCUCGGCCUCCUUGACGCGCGGAUGAGGCCGCUGCUGCUUCCAACCGUCGGCUUCGUCCUCGUCUACUCGCUGCUGCCGCACAAGGAGCUGCGCUUCAUCAUUUACACCUUCCCGGUGUUCAGUUUGGUGGCGGCACGCGGAUGCUCUUUCAUUUUGAAUAACUAUCGGAAGUCUUGGAUGUACAAAGUGGGUUCAGUAGUUGUGGUUGGUCAGCUGCUGGUCAACGCUCUCUACUCAAGCGUUUGCCUCUACAUUUCUCACCACAACUACCCAGGAGGCCAAGGGAUGCUGGAGCUGCACAGAAUGCUGCCCCCUACAGCAGAUGUUUCUCUCCAUAUCGACACUUAUGCGGCUGAAACUGGAGUGUCGCGCUUCUUACAGCAAAACACAAACUGGAGAUAUGACAAAAGAGAAGACGUGGGUCCCACAAGCCCUGAAAUCCAAACUUUGUCGCACCUCCUGAUGGAGGCCAACGACAGCAGGAUCCAGCUGCUCCGCAACACUCAUCGGCCGAUAGCCUUCAUCCGAGGUUACCACAACAUCGUCGUCGACACGGCCCGCUUCCCCCCUGCCAGUGUACAACUGGAGAGGAAGACUGUUCUGAUGGAGAGAACGACGACCCCCCAGCGAUGACAGAAAUAAAGUCUAAUUUUUUCUAUUAGAAAACCUCAAAUUUGUAAAUAAAAUCUCAUUCGUCUCCCAUA